UUCCAUUGUUAACUGGCUUAAAACGUAUAAUUACUACCGCAAUUGAUUAGUUUGUAUUAGAACCGCGCAAUUCAAGGUGUAAAUAAUUCAUAUUUGCGCGAUCAAAUACGAGAUAGAAACAUCAGUAAUACAAUGAUCUCAGAUAAAGUUUCUUUAAUAAUUGCUUUAUUACUUGCUGCUGGUAAAGGUUUUCAUGUAACCAUUAACGAUAUAUCGCAAUGCGAAGAAAGUCAGAUCGAGCUGGGCGAACUAACUGUCGAAGUAUCAAAAGCGCAGCCAUUUGAUCAAACAGUCACUGGAAAAUUGAUUCUGCCCAUGGCUCUUGAUGAGGAUGCAGUUUUGGCAUACAAAGCGGAGUUUUGGGAUCAAAACCUGCAAACUUGGAAAAAACUCUACAUUGGACAACGAUCAGUUUGCGAGUCCUUAGUGAAAUCAAUACCAUAUGGAAACUUUGCAGAUGAAACCAACUUUCCCAGCAAAUGUCCAAUACCACAAGGUGUUUAUGAGUUACAUAACGUCCCAAUAAGCGGUCAAUAUGUGGUAUUCAACACAAUUAAUGGCGUGGCACCUUUGGUCAAACAUCAUUUGGCAUUACUCCAAGCUGGACAACUGAUUUUAUGCAGAAUUAUAACAACUUUAUCUCAUGAGGAAUGAAAAGUGUAAAUGAAAGUAUUUUAACCUUAUAAAAACGCUCUUAUUUAAUAAAGCCUCCUAAAUAAG